CCUGUGAACUGGAUUGACGUGUAUUACCGUGCGCCUUUAACCUUGUCAAUGAGGAUAUUAUGAAAGUCUCCUGUUUGUUCGCAGUUUUAUAACCUGUCUUAUGUUAUUUGUGUGUGUAAACUUUCGUAAACGAUGAGCAAAUAUAUUCUGCCCGUCUCGGUCUUUGGAACAGUGUUUGGGUGCGCUGUUUUAUUGAAGAGCCAUGUUACUGGAGGCCCUUGUCCCAGUAAGGCUAAAAUACCAGGGAAGACCGUGGUCAUAACAGGAGCCAACACUGGGAUUGGUAAAGAGACAGCCAAAGAACUGGCCAAGAGAGGUGGCCGAAUCAUUAUGGGGUGCAGGGAUAUGGAGAAAUGUGAGGCGGCUGCCAAAGAGAUCCGGGGGCAGACACUGAAUCCUCAUGUUUACGCACGCCACAUAGACCUGGCCUCCAUCAAAUCCAUCCGCCAGUUUGCAGAGAGAGUCAACCAAGAGGAAAAGCAUGUGGAUGUGCUGAUAAACAACGCAGGAGUUAUGAGAUGUCCAGCAGGGAAGACAGAGGAUGGGUUUGACAUACAGUUUGGAGUGAACCAUUUAGGUCACUUCUUGCUGACCAAUCUGCUGCUGGAAAAGCUGAAGGACUCUGCCCCUAGCAGAGUGGUCAACCUGACCUCUCUCGCCCACAUCGUCGGGGAGAUCGAUUUCAACGACCUCAACUGGGACAAUAAGAAGUUUGACACCAAACGGGCCUACUGCCAAAGCAAACUCGCCAACGUUCUAUUCACAAGAGAACUGGCCCAAAGGCUAGAAGGUACUGGGGUCACUGUGAAUUGCCUACACCCCGGGGUUGUUGCCACAGAGCUGGGGAGACACACUGGCCUCCACCAAUCGCAGUUCUCCAGCUCAGUGCUCAGUCCGUUCUUCACCCUCCUAGUGAAGGGGCCAGAGCUGGGGGCCCAGCCUAGUGUCUAUCUGGCCGUGGCCGAGGAGUUGGAGGGGGUUACGGGCUGCUACUACGACGUCAUGAUAGAGAAGGAGCCAGCACCCAAGGCCCUCGACCAGGAGGUGUCCCGGAGGCUGUGGGAGGCCAGUGCCAGGCUGAUGGGGCUGGAGCAGGAGCAGGCACCAUCAGCAGCAGUGCCAGCCUCAAAUGGGGCCCAAGAGAAGCCCAGCACAGACCCAGACACAAAGAUCAUAGCCAAGCACGCACUGUCAGCGCUUGAGCAAACCGGAGUGAACCCUGGAGUAUGAGCCCUGAUAUGGAAAGAAGUCACAGUGAACGGUUGACUUUGCAUAGGCGCCAUUUUCUCUCGACAAGAGCAUGUACAAUAUGAAAUCAGAGCUAGCUGGGGAUUUCGAUUAUGGCUCGCGAGACAUAAGCAUAUGCUACAGACUAAUGCUUGAUUUCACCUGGUUGUCCAAUGUCCAUACAUCUGGAGAUGUUAUCAAGGCAAUGAUACAGAAGUGACUUGUCCAACAGCACAGUGAGUGUUUGCUUACAGUAGGUUCCAGAGGGAGCAGGUUUUCAUUCCAACCAAUGUCAAGUUAUAUUUUAAUGUUAAUUGAAAGUCUUGAAUAAUUAUGGAAACCUUUCAUUCCCAGACACUGAGACAGAAGGAAAUGGAAAUCACUGUUAUUAAAGCAAUUGUAAUGUGUUAUGAACUGAACACACAGGCUCAUUCUCAAUGCAUGUAUUGUAAUGAGUAAAGUAUAAUGUUGCCUCAUAUUAUUUUUUACAUUUAACAUUUAUUUAACUAGGCAAGUCGGUUGAGAAAAAAAUCUUAUUUACAAUGACGGCCUACUCCGGAUGACCAUGGGCCAAUUGUGCGCCGCCCAAUGGGACUCCCAAUCACAGCCGGAUGUGAUAGUCUGGAUUCGAACCAGGGACUGUAGUGACACCUCUUGCACUGAGAUGCAGUGCCUUAGACCGCUGCGCCACUCGGAAGAAGUAAUUGCUUAUCAUUGAUUAUACUAUUAUUCACUGAGCUAAUCUAACAAUACUAGAGUGGCAGUCGGACUCAGAAAAGUGGAUACGCAAUAAUGAGAUACCUAGAGUUGCAUUUUAGAUCCAAAACUUUAAAAAUAUAUAUUCUUGGAUUUAAUCAAGACAUGAUUAAGAUAAGCACAUACUGCGGAAUCUGGAGCUGUAUGUAUGCUUUAACUCUGUCAUGUUUGUUUGGGCUGGUUUAUGUAUUAUUAAUCGUUUGUGAGGAAGAGGGUUAGCGUUCUACAGGCUCUGCUAGUGUUUUAAAAAUUGUAAUCUGCCAAUUACCACCACCUGGUGGUGAGCUAUCAGACUCCAAUGGAAACACAUUUUGACCACUUAUGUAAUGAAGAAAAUGGAGACCAAAGAAAACGUUUCUUAACCCCCCACAAAGCUUCUGCAAGCUUUGACUGUGUCUCACCAAAAAAAUGUUACUUACAUGUCUUGAUGUUUUCCUGUAGCUACAUUGUUGCUUUAUAACAGCACAUCACCUCACUAUCUGGAGUCAGAAAACGGUUGAUUAAACUGUCCAGGCUGGCAUGCAUUAAUGGAUACUGUUGGCAUACACACAGCCUAAGUGCUUUGGAUAUAUUAGCCCUGAACUGUCUGAGGGAUCCAUUUUACAGGGCUCUUCCUGUCAAUAAAAUCCCUAAAUUCAGAUUGAGAGAAAGCCAUCCACCAUCCGAAUGUACUCUGAUGAGCAUCGAUCCCUGGAAACUAAUACCAUUCACCAGCCAAAUCUGGUGUCAGUUUACCAGCAAUGACACUCACUGGUGCCAUCCUAAAAAGCUGAGGGUAAUAGGAGAUCAAGGAUUUUCCACAUCCCUCUGAUUUGGAAAAGCAGGUAAUGUUUUGUAAAGUGGAAUACCAGAAAGACUUUUACAUAUGGUUAUGAAAGGCCUUAAAAGAGACACUGUUAUUGCUCUCCCUAAACAUGCACAGAUACAUUUAGAUUAUUUAAAAAAUAUAUAUAUAUUCUUUAAUGGCCACCUAGAAUAUGGUGUUACGGAAACACUUUGAACAAUGACCUUUUUGUUUCUGUAUCUUAUCUGAAGGUUCUGCAGUGAUUUAUUCAUUCUUGCCUUGAAGUAGAAUUUAGAAACAUGUCUGUGUGAGCCUUGAGGCAUUUGUAUACUGAACAAAAUGUUUAACGCAACAUGUAAAGUGUUGGUCCUAUGUUUCAUGAGCUGAAAUAAAAGAUGACAGAAAUUUUC